ACACACAUGCACCCACACACACGCACACACUGACUGCCGUCGUUCUUUGAUGACCCACCGUCUGCUCAUUUCCGAAAGCUUACGGAGAUUCACCGAGCAGCGACCCGGCCCCUCCCGCCCCCUCCUCCCCGCUACAGCUACUCUCCCCUCGGCUCCACUCCGAGGAGGAACCCGGUGCCCCCGGCUGAUCGUUUCCAAUUACGUUACCCUAAGAUGGAGGUCUGCAGAUGGCACUGCUAGCGUCUACGAGUCGCCGUAACCACCCGUGUGUCUUUAAUGACGCUGUUUUGGGGACAGGAGGGAUUUUGUGCCAUCUUUUGACAAUUUUGGGGGGAUCAACGAAGGGGAUACCGAGCGCUAGGUUCAGGUUGUGGCAGCCAUGAGCUCCGGGGAAGGAGCGGAGGAGACGACGAAGGACGCCGGCGACAUAGCGGCGUUCUACAAGACCGAUGGAUCCCUCCCGAAAGAGCCAAAAGAAGAUGUAUCGAGCCAGAUAGCAGGUUUCAGGAGAAAUGAGGAGAUGAGAGCGAUGGAAGUUCUUCCCAUCCUUAAAGAAAAAGUUGCCUUUUUGUCAGGUGGGAGAGACAGACGUGGAGGUCCGGUGUUAACGUUUCCAUCACGCAGCAACCACGAUAGGAUACGAACGGACGACCUCAGGAAACUGAUUGCCUACCUCGCUGGCAUCCCCAGCGAGGAGGUGUGUAAACAUGGCUUCACGGUCAUCGUUGAUAUGCGCGGCUCCAAAUGGGAUAGUAUCAAGCCUCUGCUGAAGAUCCUGCAGGAGUCGUUUCCAUCCUGCAUCCACGUCGCCCUCAUCAUCAAACCAGACAACUUCUGGCAGAAGCAGAGGACCAAUUUUGGCAGCUCUAAGUUUGAGUUUGAGACCACCAUGGUGUCACUAGAGGGCCUUACGAAGGUCGUCGACCCCUCCCAGCUGACAGCCGACUUCGAUGGCAGCCUGGACUACAAUCAUGAAGAAUGGAUCGAGGUGCGUGUCGCAUUCGAGGAGUUCUCCGGUCACGCCACCCAGAUGUUGGCUCGACUGGAGGAGAUGCAAGAAACGGUGUCGAGGAAAGACUUUCCCCAAGAUCUGGACGGAGCGCGGCGUAUGAUAGAGGAACACGCCACGCUGAAGAAGAAGGUCAUAAAAGCUCCGAUAGAGGAGCUGGACACUGAGGGACAGAGGUUGCUGCAGCGAAUCCAGAGCAGCGAGUCCUUCUCCAACCGUAACGGCAGCAGUGGUGGCAGUGGUGGCAGCAGCAGUAGCAGCAGUGGGAUGUGCAAUGCCGACACCCAGGGACUGGUACCGAGGAUCAGCCAGCUGCUGGAAAAACUGCACUCCACCAGACAGCACCUCCACCAGGCCUGGCAUGUCCGCAAACUCCAGCUGGAUCAGUGCUUCCAGCUCCGCCUGUUCGAACAGGACGCAGAGAAGAUGUUUGACUGGAUCAUGCACAACAAGGGUUUGUUCCUGGCAGGCUACACGGAGAUCGGCAACAACCACCCCCACGCUGUUGAGCUGCAAACCCAGCACAACCACUUCGCUAUGAACUGCAUGAACGUCUACGUGAAUAUCAACCGCAUAAUGUCAGUGGGGAACCGGCUGCUGGAGUCAGGUCACUACGCCUCCCAGCAGAUCAAGCAGAUCUCAGGUCAGCUGGAAAAGGAGUGGAAGGCCUUCGCUGCUGCACUGGACGAACGCAGCACGCUGUUGGAGAUGUCGGCCAGCUUCCAUCAGAAAUGUGACCAGUACAUGAGCAAUGUUGACUCGUGGUGCAAGGCAUGCGGUGAGGUGGAUCUACCCUCUGAACUACAAGACCUUGAAGAUGCCAUCCAUCACCACCAAGGCCUCUAUGAACACAUUACCACCACUUACUCUGAGGUGAGCCAAGAUGGCAAAGCCUUGUUGGACAAGCUGCAGCGACCUUUGACCCCAGGCAGUGCUGAUUCACUGACAGCAUCAGCAAACUACUCCAAAGCUGUGCACCAUGUCCUUGACAUCAUCCACGAGGUGCUGCAUCACCAGAGACAGCUGGAAAAUAUCUGGCAACACCGUAAAGUCCGGCUUCACCAACGUCUGCAGCUCUGUGUAUUUCAACAGGAUGUCCAGCAGGUGCUGGACUGGAUAGAGAACCACGGCGAGGCCUUCCUGAGCAAACACACAGGUGUUGGAAAGUCCCUUCAUCGAGCUCGAGCUCUUCAGAAAAGACACGAAGACUUUGAGGAAGUGGCACAGAAUACAUACACCAAUGCGGACAAGCUGCUGGAGGCUGCAGAGCAGCUGGCCCAGACAGGAGAGUGUGACCCAGAGGAGAUCUACCAGGCCGCCCACCAGCUUGAAGACAGAAUCCAAGACUUUGUUCGCCGCGUGGAGCAGCGCAAGGUCCUGCUGGACAUGUCUGUCGCCUUCCACACGCACGUCAAAGAGCUGUGGACAUGGCUGGAGGAACUCCAGAAGGAGCUGCUGGACGAUGUUUAUGCAGAGUCGGUGGAUGCCGUCCAGGAUCUGAUCAAACGCUUUGGACAGCAGCAGCAGACGACGCUGCAGGUCACAGUCAACGUCAUCAAGGAGGGAGAGGAUCUCAUCCAGCAGCUCAGGGACUCUGCCAUCUCCAGCAACAAGACACCCCACAACAGCUCCAUCAACCACAUCGAGAGUGUCCUGCAGCAGCUGGACGAGGCCCAGGCCCAGAUGGAGGAGCUCUUCCAGGAGAGGAAGAUCAAACUGGAGCUCUUCCUGCAGCUCCGCAUCUUCGAAAGGGACGCCAUUGAUAUCAUCUCUGACCUGGAGUCUUGGAACGAGGAGCUGACGGGUCAGAUGACUGAUUUUGACACAGAGGAUUUGACAGUGGCAGAGCAGAGGCUGCAGCAUCAUGCUGAUAAGGCUCUGACCAUGAACAACCUCACCUUCGAUGUCAUCCACCAGGGACAGGAGCUGCUGCAGUACGUCAAUGAAGUCCAGGCCUCUGGUGUGGAGCUGCUGUGUGACCGAGAUGUCGACAUGGCUACACGGGUUCAGGACCUGCUUGAAUUUCUCCAUGAGAAGCAGCAAGAACUGGACCUAGCAGCCGAGCAGCACCGCAGGCACCUGGAGCAGUGUGUGCAGCUGAGACACCUGCAGGCUGAAGUCAAACAGGUUCUGGGUUGGAUUCGUAAUGGUGAGUCAAUGCUAAACGCUGGUCUAAUAACGGCCAGUUCCCUGCAGGAAGCUGAACAACUGCAGAGAGAGCACGAACAGUUUCAACAUGCCAUUGAGAAAACUCACCAGAAUGCCCUGCAGGUUCAGCAGAAGGCAGAGGCUCUGCUCCAGGCAAACCACUACGACAUGGACCUGAUCAGAGACUGUGCGGAGAGCGUGGCCUCACACUGGCAGCAGCUCAUGCUGAAAAUGGAGGACAGACUCAAGCUGGUCAAUGCCUCUGUGGCCUUUUACAAGACCUCUGAACAGGUCUGCAGUGUCCUGGAGAGCCUGGAGCAGGAGUAUAAGAGGGAGGAGGACUGGUGCGGAGGAGCUGACAAACUUGGACCAAACUGUGAAACUGAACAUGUUAGCCCCAUGAUCAGUAAACAUCUGGAGCAGAAGGAGGCCUUCCUCAAGGCGUGCACUUUGGCCAGGAGAAACGCAGACGUCUUCCUCAAGUACAUGCACAGGAACAGUGUGAACAUGCCUGGGAUGCUUAGCCACGUCAAAGCACCAGAACAGCAGGUUAAAAAUAUCCUCAAUGAGCUGCUACAGAGAGAGAAUCGCGUUCUCCACUUUUGGACCAUGAGGAAACGACGGCUGGACCAGUGUCAGCAGUAUGUGGUGUUUGAGCGCAGUGCCAAACAGGCUCUAGAGUGGAUUCAUGACACAGGAGAGUUUUACCUGUCCACACACACCUCCACGGGCUCCAGCAUCCAUCACACACAAGAACUGUUGAAGGAGCAUGAGGACUUCCACAUCACAGCCAGGCAAACUAAGGAGCGUGUGAAGCUGCUGAUCCAGCUGGCUGAUGGCUUCUGUGAGAAAGGCCACAGUCAUGCUGGGGAGAUCAAAAAAUGGGUGACUGCGGUUGAUAAACGCUACAGAGACUUCUCCCUGCGCAUGGACAAGUACCGCUGCAGCCUGGAGAAAGCCCUGGGCAUCUCCUCGGACUCUAACAAGGCGAGUAAAGAUCUCCAGUUGGACAUUAUCCCAGCCACAGCUCCAGGCUCAGAGGUCAAGCUGCGUGAUGCUGCUCAUGAGCUCAACGAGGAAAAACGCAAGUCAGCGCGCAGAAAAGAGUUCAUCAUGGCAGAGCUGAUUCAGACAGAAAAAGCCUACGUGCGAGACCUGCGGGAGUGCAUGGAUACCUACCUGUGGGAGAUGACCAGCGGGGUGGAGGAGAUUCCUCCAGGAAUCAUCAACAAGGAGCACAUCAUCUUUGGAAACAUGCAGGACCUUUAUGAAUUCCACCAUAACAUCUUUCUCAAAGAGUUGGAGAAAUAUGAGCAGCUACCAGAGGAUGUGGGUCAUUGCUUUGUCACAUGGGCUGAUAAGUUCCAGAUGUACGUGAACUACUGUAAGAACAAACCUGACUCAACCCAGCUCAUCCUAGAGCAUGCUGGGAACUACUUUGAUGAAAUUCAACAAAGGCACCGGCUGGCCAACUCUAUUUCUUCCUAUCUGAUCAAACCUGUGCAGAGAAUAACCAAGUAUCAGCUCCUGCUGAAGGAGCUGCUGACGUGUUGUGAAGAAGGUAAGGGUGAGAUCAAAGAUGGCCUGGAGGUGAUGCUCAGUGUUCCUAAGAGAGCCAACGAUGCCAUGCACCUCUCAAUGCUGGAAGGUUUUGAUGAAAAUAUCGAGUCCCAGGGUGAGCUCAUUCUUCAGGAGUCGUUCCAGGUCUGGGAUCCUAAGACUCUGAUCCGAAAGGGUCGAGAGCGCCACCUCUUCCUCUUUGAGAUGUCUCUUGUCUUCAGCAAAGAGGUCAAGGACUCAAACGGCAGAAGCAAAUACAUCUACAAGAGCAAGCUCUUUACGUCAGAGCUGGGGGUGACGGAGCAUGUAGAAGGAGACCCCUGUAAGUUCGCCCUAUGGAUGGGACGCACACCUACUUCCGACAACAAGAUUGUGCUUAAGCUAAGUCAGGGAUCCAAACACGGAGCGAUGGCAUCAAGCAUAGAGAACAAGCAGGACUGGAUCAAGCACAUCAGGGAGGUGAUUCAGGAGCGCACCAUUCACCUGAGAGGAGCACUGAAGGAGCCCAUUCAUAUUCCCAAAGCAACUACAGCCAAGCACCACAAGGGGCGAAGGGAUGGAGAGGACCUGGACAGUCAGGGUGAAGGCAGCAGCCAGCCAGACACCAUCUCUCUGGCCUCCAGGACUUCACAGAACACUCUGGACAGCGACAAGCUCUCUGGUGGCUGUGAGCUGACCGUAGUGAUCCACGACUUCAUGGCCAGCAACAGCAACGAGCUGACGGUCCGCCGUGGUCAGACGGUCGAGGUUCUGGAGCGCUGCCACGAAAGGCCAGACUGGUGCCUGGUCCGGACCACGGACCGCUCCCCUGCCAUGGAGGGCCUUGUGCCCUGCGCCAUGCUCUGCAUUGCCCACUCCAGGUCAUCUAUGGAGAUGGAGGGUAUCUUCAACCACAAAGGUACGUACACUCUGUCAGUGUGCAGCAAUGACUCAAUCAUGCCGGGGUCGUCUGCUACACUUCAGCCCGGUCAUGGCCUCAGCUCCCAUGCCUCCCCAGGGCCCAAACGACCAGGUAACACCCUGCGGAAGUGGCUCACUAGCCCAGUGCGUCGGCUCAGCAGCGGCAAGGCGGACGGCCAUGUGAAGAAACUGGCCCACAAACACAAGAAGAGCCGCGACAUAAGGAAGAGCGGGGAGAUGACGAUGGGGUCCCAGAAAGACUCAGACGACAGCGCUGCCACCCCUCAGGAUGAGACUGUUGAGGAGAGGGUUCGUAAUGAGGGCUUGUCCAGCGGCACAUUGUCCAAGUCCAGUUCUUCAGGGAUGCAGAGCUGCGGAGAGGAGGAGGGAGAAGAGGGUGCUGACUCAGUGCCUCUGCCUCCACCUAUGGCAAUCCAGCAGCACAGCCUGUUACAGCCAGACUCACAGGAUGACAAGACCUCUUCACGUCUGUCGGUCCGUCCAUCCAGUUCAGAGACGCCCAGUGCUGCUGAGUUGGUGAGCGCCAUCGAGGAACUGGUCAAAAGCAAGAUGGCUUUGGAGGACAGACCAAGCUCACUGUCGGUAGAGCAAGGCGACAGCAGCUCUCCUUCCUUCAACCCUUCUGACAACUCCCUCCUCUCCUCCUCCUCCCCAAUGGAAGAGUUGGACGAACGCCGGACCAGCGUUCUCAAGAAGAGACACUUCAUUCUGCUGGAGUUGGUGGAGACAGAGAGGGAUUAUGUUAGAGACCUGGGCCAGGUGGUGGAGGGCUACAUGAGCCGAAUGAAGGAAGAGGGCGUCCCUGAUGACAUGAAAGGAAAAGACAAAAUUGUUUUUGGGAACAUCCACCAGAUCUACGACUGGCACAAAGAUUUCUUUCUUGCAGAGUUGGAGAAGUGUUUGGAGGACCCUGACAGACUGGGACCGCUGUUUCUCAAACAGGAACGAAGACUCAACAUGUACGUGGUCUACUGUCAAAACAAGCCAAAGUCAGAGCACAUUGUCUCCGAGUAUAUUGACACGUACUUCGAGGACCAAAAGCAGCGGUUGGGACAUAGGCUGCAGAUCACAGACCUGCUCAUCAAGCCUGUGCAGAGGAUCAUGAAGUACCAGCUGCUGCUUAAGGAUUUCCUGAAACACUCUAAAAAGGCUGGUCUGGAGUCGAUGGAGUUGGAGAAAGCAGUGGAGGUCAUGUGCAUCGUGCCAAAAAGAUGUAACGACAUGAUGAAUGUCGGCCGGCUUCAGGGAUUUGAAGGGAAGAUUGUGGCUCAGGGCCGCCUUUUGUUGCAGGACACUUUCAUGGUGUCUGACCCUGAGGGCAGCCUGCUCGGCAGGAUGAAGGAGAGGAGAGUCUUUCUGUUUGAGCAGCUGGUCAUCUUUAGCGAGCCCCUUGACAAGAAGAAAGGCUUCUCAUUGCCCGGCUUCCUUUACAAGAACAGCAUUAAGGUGAGCUGUUUGGGUCUUGAGGAGAACAUGGAAGGAGACCCCUGCAAGUUCAUUCUCACUUCUCGGUCUACAAACAGCACUGUGGAGUCCUUCGUGCUUCACUCCUCACACCCAGGGGUCCGUGAGGUGUGGACCCUUCAGAUAGCUCAGAUACUCGAGAGCCAACGCAAUUUCCUUAACGCUCUAACCUCACCAAUAGAGUAUCAGAGGAACCAUGUGGGGGCGAGUGGCGGGCCAUGCAUGCCCGGCCUGGGUGCUCCGGUUGGAGGUAGCAGUGAUUGCAGUGCGCCCCUUGGAGUGGGAGGUGGAAGCCCCCAGGGCAGUGCUGUCUCCUCAGGGCCCCAGGGCGGGUCUCGUCGUCCUUCCAGGAUCCCCCAGCCUUCCCGUCUGCCCCAGCCCCUACGCCAUCACCCUGACCCUGAUGGCCCCAGCAAAAUGUCAGGCGGUAGCCCGCAGGGCAAGCGUCCCUUCCAGACCCCAGAGGACCAAGCACAGGCCCUCACUUCUGCCAGCACUGUAGCCCCUAUCCCCCGUGCCGCAGUUGGGCCCCUGCCCUCUACACCCAAUUCCAAACCACGGCCAGGAGCUGUGUCCCCUAUGGUGGCCCCCGUGGCCACACCUGCCUUUGGCAAGGACUGCCUUCCUCCUCCCCCUCCCAGUCCGGGCCAGAAGUCCGGAUCUGGAUUCUGGAGCUCCAUGCCUGGCUCUCCAGCCAGCCGGCCUGGCUCAUUCACCUUCCCAGGGGAGGCAGGAGAGACUCCAGUCCGUCAGAACUCAAACCAGAUUCAGACUGGCUCUGGAUCUGGGAGCCAGUCCCACAGACACUCCACGCACAGCAAGGAAGCCGAUCGCAUGAGUACGUGCUCAUCGGCCAGUGAGCAGUCCAUCCAGUCCACCCAGAGUAACGGGAGUGAAAGUAGCAGCAGCAGUAGCGUAUCCACCAUGUUGGUGACCCAGGACUACAUGGCUGUGAAGGAGGAUGAAAUCAGCGUCGCUCAGGGCGAGGUGGUUCAGAUCUUGGCCAGCAAUCAGCAAAACAUGUUCCUGGUGUUCAGGGCGGCCACCGAGCAGGGCCCCGCCGCCGAGGGCUGGAUCCCCGGCUUUGUGCUAGGACACACCUCAGCCAUCGUGGCAGAUUGUCCUGAGGGAACCAUCAAUAGGAAGUCUUCGUCCUGGCACACGUCCCUGCGCAUCCGUAAAAAAUCUGAGAAAAAAGAGAAGGAGGCAAAGAAAGAGACCAAAUUGGAAAACGGUUACAGGAAGUCCAGAGAUGGCCUGGCCAAUAAAGUUUCUGUAAAGCUUCUAAAUCCAAACUACAUCUACGAUGUUCCCCCAGAGUUCCUUGUACCUCUGAGUGAUGUGACAUGUGACAACGGAGAGAGUGUCACCCUCAGGUGUAAAGUUUGUGGUCGACCCCGGGCGGCUGUCACCUGGAAGGGCCCCAACCAGAGCAACCUCACGAACAACGGACGCUUCAGCAUCACCUACAGUGAUACAGGUGAAGCGGCACUGCGGAUCAACGGCGUAGCCUCUGAGGACGAUGGCGUCUACACUUGUGUUGCCACAAACGAGCUGGGCAGCGUAGCGUCAUCAGCAAGCCUCAGAGUGUUAGCCAUGUCCAGUGACGGGGUCCGAGUGAGCUGGAAAGACAACUUUGAGGCUCACUACACAGAGGUGGUUGAACUGGGCAGGGGUCGUUUCUCUGUGGUCAAGCGUUGUGACCAGAGGGGCACUAAACGUACAGUGGCGGUCAAACACGUGAACAAGAAACUGAUGAGGAGGGACAAGGUGACUCAGGAGCUCAAUCUGCACCAGAGACUCCAACAUCCCCACAUAGUCAGUUUGAUAGACACGUAUGAAACCCCCUGCAGCUACGCCCUCGUCAUGGAGAUGGCUGACCAAGGCCGUCUGCUGGACUACAUCGUCAGCUGGGGGAAUCUGACGGAGGAGAAAGUGGCCUGCUACCUACGGGACAUUUUAGAAGCUUUACACUACCUGCACAACUGCAGGAUAGUACAUUUGGAUGUAAAACCUGAGAACCUGCUUGUGGCCAGCACCAGUGGCCAGCUAACGGUCAAACUCACGGACUUUGGUGAUGCUGUCCAGCUCAACAGUGCCCAAUACGUUCACCCUCUGCUGGGCAGUCCAGAGUUUGCCUCCCCAGAGUUGGUCCUUGGAGAGCCUGUGUCGCUAACCUCUGACCUGUGGAGUCUGGGAGUGGUGACCUACGUGCUGCUGAGCGGUGCCUCCCCUUUCCUGGAUGAGAGCGCAGAGGAGACCUGCCUGAACAUCUGCCGGCUAGACUUCAGCUUCCCCAGGGAUUACUUCCAGGGCGUCAGCCAGGCAGCUCGGGACUUCAUCUGUCUGCUCCUGAGGACCGACCCCGGCAGGAGGCCUCUGGCUGGGCUUUGCCUCCAGGAGCCAUGGCUGCAGGUCGGUAUGGCUGACGGCAGAGCCAGAGCAGAGAGCUGCCUGGACACCUCUCGCCUCAUCUCCUUCAUCGACAGGAGGAAACAUCAGACUGAUGCUCGGGCAAUGGGAGGAGUCAGGAGCUUCAUCCAAAGUCGCCUUCAGCCCCAAGUUUAAAGGAUAGGAUACACAAGUCCAACCCAAACUUCAGUUCCUACAGCCUAGAGCACACAAGAGUAGGAAGAACAGGACAUCCUUCCUGUUGUGUUGUCCUCUGCUUGGGCUGUAGGGAUUGCAAGUUCCUCUGGAAUUGAGCAUCUUGCUGGUUUAGAUGAAACAAAUGAAUGUUGAGCUCAUCCUCUUUCACAGAAUGCUGAUUUACUAAAGUCCUGUAGUCCUUUCACAAUUAAACUGAGACCGGUAAAGGUCCGAAGCCAAUCAGAGCCCCAGAGAACAGAGUUCUCACAAAUCACCUAAAUUAUUGGAUGCCCUUGUCUACUGCUGCUUGCUGGUUUCAACUCAUAACAGAUUUUGUAGUUAAGUGAACAAAAAUAUAUAAAAAAAAAACAUUAUGAAGUAAUUUAUUUUCUUUGCAAGAGGUAAAGCUGAUCAUGAGGAGCCAGUUGAUCAAGCCUUGACACUUGCACAGAAGCAGAGUUUUUAGGAGGCGAUGCCAACAAUGCUGGUGAGAGUGCAAACGGCUUUCUGUUGUUGCGAGAGAGAAACAGAUCGACAUGUUUUGCUCUUUUUCACUAAAACUGUAACUCAAAGACUUUUGAGGAGCAGCCCUUUCUUAUAGAAACAAUGUAAACAAAGGAAAAGUCUGUCUAUGUUUUCAAGAAAAAAAAAAGAACUGUAGAAAAUGCUCAUCAGUUGAAAGUUGCUGUGCCACUUUGGACUCUGUAGACACCUGGAAACAGUAACUUUAUUGAGACAUUUAUACGUCUGAUCAGAGCUUUUUGAUGGCAGCGCUUAUAUAAUGUACCUAAUCUAAGAUACCAUGAUGACCAUGUUGUGAGUAACAAUGCUGCACUGUCCAUUCGGCAAAGAAACAAUAGACAUCCAUGGUUUGCUUUUUCUAGAACAAAACUUGUGUUGCGCAGAUAUGAGAUGUUUAAGCCUUACCUUGUAUAAAGACUCGUGUCUUCUUUCCUCUGACAUUCACAUCGGACUCCUGCUUUUGGAUUGCAGGACAUCAGACUGUCCCAGCCUCGGCGGCAGCGGUAACUGCCAAACACAUGGGAGUGGAUUUAGAGAGAGGAAGACAAAUUACUGUAAAUGCACUCAUUGUAUGUUAUGUUUGAUUAUCAUGUGCAAUGUUGCGGCUUUAACAUUUUAUGCAACUAUUUAUGAAGACAUCUGUUGUAUCUGUAAUAAAUCUAGAGAAAAGCAUGUACUUGGUACUGCAAGCACUGCUGGUAGUUUGUGUUUAUUUGCUCUUUGAGUGUUUUGACUUCCAGGCCAGGUUCGAGGUCACAAUCUACAAUCAUUACAGUUUGUUCAAAUUAAUUUAACCCUUUUUGUACUGUUUGCCUUUGUAGUAUUGGUACACCAAAGUUGCGCUCGCUUUAUAGUACUUAAUAAAAAACAACUGUUUUAUUGUGAUUAUGGUUCACUUGAGUUAGAGAAUCUAUGACCAUGUGAAAUGAUUGUUUACACUAGUGAAACUCAAACUAGUCUUUUGUGGUCUUCAUUACAGAGGAAGAGGAUUAAAGGAAGUUUUAACUGGUGAAUUGAAUGGGAGGUUUGUUUUUUUUUAACAUAAUUUAGUGAACCGUGUUCUCAUUUUAUGUAAAGACACAUGUUGCCAAAAUAUUUACCCAUAUUUUCAUUCCCUCAUAAGAAAUAUACCCUGAAACAGAAACUAACCACAGCUUUCUUUCUGGUUAGAUUCCUCUCCUAAAAGAUUAAAAUACAGGAUAAUCAAAGACAACCUUACAUUGACCCAGUAUAUGAUAAGGAUUUGAUGCAUUCAAACAGAUCCUGUCAGCAGCAGAGGAACACCGCCUCUGAUAUCGUUUUAUUUAUUUGAAAGUUUUGAACAGGCCACGACAACAAGGACACUUGGACUGGAUACCUCAGUUUAGGGCUUUUUUCAUUGUUGUUUGUCUUUUUGUUUGUUGUUUGUUUCCAGUUUAAUUUGUUUCAUGUUUGAUAUUUGUUUUUUAUGUUUUUUUUUACUUGCAUGUAUAUUUCUUUGUACAGAUCAUACAUAUUUUCCCUUGUAAAUAAUCUCAUUCUGCCAUCAGUUAUUUGAAAAUUAAACACAAUGAAAUCAUGUACCUGA